AUGACGGGCUUGCUCGAGAGCGAUGCCUCGGCAUCUCUCCUCCAUACCUCGCGAGAGCAUUUAAUUAAUAGGGAGGAGGAACCUAUCCCACUUGAUACAUUGCGACUUUCCAAGCAGCCUUCGAUUAUAGACCAAAAGGCAUACCAACAGGUCAACGACUGUGAUACCCCGGAUUGUGAAGCGGCGGCAGAUGACGAUUUGAAGUGUACUCCAUCACCCCAACCACUACCACCGACCAAGAAAAGAUGGAUUACUGGGCUGUUACUUUGCGCGUUGGGAGUCGCACUGGCGCUACUCGCCCAUGUUAUUCUCACAGUCAAAUUGGCCUCAAAAGCUGCUUCUGGUGGCUAUGGAUGGGGUUCCUCGUCGGCCGUUGUCUAUGAAGGCACUUGCCACCAGGCGAACCAAAUCGCGACCGGCCUCCAUAUUCUUGUCAACAUCAUCGUUUUGACUUUGACUGCAACAAGCAGUUACUGUAAUCAAAUCCUCGCUGCGCCGUCACGCGCAAGAAUCGAUAUUGCUCACGCUCAACGGGUGUGGGUAUCGAUUGGAUCCUCCAGUUUUACCAACGUCUGGUACGCGCCCUUCUGGCGCAAGACACUAUGGCUGUUGAUUCUUGGGACAUCUUUGCCAGUUCAGAUGAUAUACAACUCCUUCAUAUACGUUUCAAUCAACGCCAAUGAUUUUGGGGCUGUUGUUGCCCCGAUGGCUUUUGGGAAUAACCACACAGACUUGUCUAAUUUUGAUAUCCCCUCCAACUUCCACCAUGUAGUUGGCAUGAACGCGAGCAGCCUAUAUGAUGAUCUCAUAUCCGGUAAGCUCGAGAAAAUGAGCAAUGCUACUUGUAUGGAAGCCUAUAGUGGCGCUUAUCAAACCGCCCGAUCCACGGUCGUCUUCUUGAGCCCGGAUCUUUCCUCAAAUUUAACGGCCUGGUCAUGCCGGGUUGGACUGAAUUCCGGUGGUGAUCUCUCUACCGACAGUACCUAUGAGGGCACCGAAUUGACUUGUGCAAUACAUGAAUACAGGGGUAACUAUACAAUUUGGCCGCCGACUAGCGACAUCGACAGUUUUCUGGUUCAUGAUUGCUUCAGUCGACCAGUUACUCCAACUUGUCAGCUUGGAUGCAGUCUGCCCAUUGGUCUGGUGGUCAUGGGCUGUAUUGCAUUGAAGCUAAUAUGCAUGCUCAUCACUGCCCUCGAGCGCCGGUCGGAGAUUCUUCUGACAGUUGGCGAUGCCCUCAAGUCAUUUCUGACAUGUCCCGAUCCUUACACGGCCAAUAACUGUCUCAUGGCUCGAGUUAAUAAAGGACAGCCAAAAGAAUUGCAUCGUUUUAAUGACUACCCCUGGGUAUCUAUAUUCUCCCGCGCAGUGCCAUUCCGCUUGGGACAGAGCCCAACUCCACAACCAAAAAGGAUCGGCACGGUCCGACAAAGAUGGUCAGCUGCCCUACCCCGUCGAUUGUAUGCUUUCCUUCUGUUCUUCAAAGUCGCUCUCCUUGUCAUGGCGGGUCUCGCCUUGGGUUAUAAUACCUCUAUUUUUGGCAUUAGCCAGCCUGCAGAUCUAAAUUCAGAUGGCAUGUCAUCAUGGGAACAGAAACUCACUUCGUUGUACCAUACUCGGUUCUACCCAUUGGCAUAUAUGGGAUUCAUGGCUACCGUAUUGGCUGUGAACGUCCCACAGGCUGUGAUUACAAUAAUCUAUGCGGUCUACAACAACACUCUCACUCGAAUGCUGCUUGCCGCCGAAUACAACGAUUUCGGCGUCGAACGCAAGCCCCUUCGGGUCUCAUUUCCCACUGGAGAACAGCGCUCGACAUACUAUCUCUCUAUACCAUACCGGUACAGUGUGCCGUUUGUUGUGCUGUCCACUCUUGCCCAUUGGCUUGCCUCUGAGGCCUUGUCAUUCGUGCAAAUCAUCCCCCGAGAUGUUCAGGGUAAUCUAGAUCGCAGCCGAGCAUUACAUGGUGUGGGUACUUCAUCUGUUGGUUUGAGGAUUAUGGUUAUACCCUGGCUGAUUGUUGUCGUGGUCGUUCUCAUUUUGAUGUUUCGGAAGUUCAAAUCGGCUGCCAUGCCGAUUGCAAUGAACUGUAGCGCAGCCAUCAGUGCUGCUUGCCAUCCGCCACCAGAUGACAUCGAUGCUGCAGAAAAGCCUGUGAUGUGGGGACAGGCUGAUAUGGAAAUUGCAAGUCUUCGUACAUUCCUUGGGUCUGGUGUAGCAGAUAUCGAGACAAGAUGCUCCCAUACUACUUUCACGUCGAAAGACGUCGUCGAGCCAAGUCCCCAAUUCUUAUACUACUAG